AUGAUGAAGACUGAAGGCAAAGGGGAAAGGACUUUAAGAAGUGCUUCUCCACACCGAAAUGCCUAUAAAUCAGAUUUCCAUGCUAUCAAAUGCUCUUUUGAUGGCGUAAACAAUCCUGAAAAAGCUUCCAAUAAAACGGGCUUGCAUCAGAAGCUAAGCACCUCUUCCAGCGGAGGGGGAAAUGACCCACACACUCGAGGCAGAGCUGCCACUUACGGCAAUAGAGUACACAAGAUCAAAAAUAUGUUUUUGCAAAUGGGAGGUUCUUCUUCCACACCCUCUUGUGAAAGCAGUCCACCUGCUGAGACCAAGUUAAUCAGCCGAACCACAGCAGCAGAGUAUGCACCUUCUCCAGGUAGCCCAUCUUUCCUUAUUGUCCAAAAAAAUAAUUUCAUUAACACAAGUACCAGCCCUUGCACCAGUCCUGUGGAUUCAUUGUCUGUGCCUUCCACUGCCGACAAGGUCAUCCGUAGUAAUGAUGAGGCAAACUUGGACAAAGUUGCCCUGGCAGAAAAAUUUUCAGAAACCAGGAAGCUGUUUGAGAGAAAUAUAAGACAGCAGAGCUCAGUGGACAGAUGUUCCCCCAGCAAAUGUGAAAGAAGCGAGGAUAAGAGGAGACAUGAUUCAGCUUCUGAUUGCAGCAAUGUGGUAGACUACUUCAGUUUUAAUACAGAAGCAAGCCUUCCAGUUGCGCUGGAGAAAGUUGAAAGUAAAGGUAAUGAGUUGAAGCAGCAACAUCCCAAUAGUGGUUCCAAAUCCUCAUUCCUGAAUGCAGGACCCAUUUCUAGGAGGCUGGAAGGCUUUCUGGGUGACAGUGAUACUGAAGAAUCCAAAGGCAUUUCCAGAAAUUAUAGUCCUCCGAGUCAGGACUCUUUGAGGGGCCACCACAGUUGGCAUUCAUCCAGUGCUGUUGCUGAAGGAUUUCCGGAGAAGGCUGCAUCCACCAAAGUGCCUGUGAUCCUCGGAGAUGAGCUGAGUGAGGCAUUUGGGAAAGACAAAAGAGAGCAACUGAUAAUUAAGAAAAGCCUGUGGGAUAUGGGCAGCACGUCUGGUCAGGAGGCUCAGCGGAGAUCAGAUGAUGUCCUCUCCCAGGUUUCCCCCGUGGAGUGGGCUUGUGCAGAGCUGGUUGCACAAGACAAAACCUCAGGGCAUGGAAAAGAGGGUUUGGAUAAAGAUCACGUUGGAGAGGAUCAGCUGCUCAGAUGUCAAGUACAGGAGGGGAAUAGGAGCGAACACUGCUUGGAAGUGGUAGAACAGUUUACGGAAGGCAGCAAGACCAGCCGGGAGGAAGAAGGAGAUGGGAUGUCUGUGAGAGAUGGUCCAGUUACAGAGGUUUGGGAUGUUCUGGAGCAGGGAGGGCCUACUGAAGAAGAGGAGCAAGUAGUGGAAAAGCUGAGCGAGAACUUUCAUCCUUUUGGAAUAGAGAAUGAAGCUUUUGAUGAUGACAGGGAUACAGAGCCAGAAAACCAAGGGCCUGAAGGCAAAGAAAUUUUGGAAGAGGAGGAGUAUAUGUGUGACAGCGAAUAUGAAGAGUUUCCUGGACUCUCUGAAGAGGAAAAUCCUGAGCCAGACCGAAAAGUCAAGUUCUCAACAGCUCCUAUCAAG